GCAGUUGGCAGCGGGAUGUGUUCGGCCGGGCAGCUGCUGCGGGGCGGCGAUGGAGGCGGCGGCGGCGGCGGGGAACGCGACGAGGACGGGAACGCGCUGGCGAAGCGAGCGGCGGCGGGGAGCGAGCCGGAGCCCGGGGCGAGCCCGCGGCGGCAAGAGCGGCUCCCAAAGGAGGAUCACGACCAGGAUAUUAAAGAAUCACAAAACCACAGUGGCGAGCCUGUUGUGGAUGACUACAAAAAGAUGGGAACGCUUUUUGGCGAACUGAACAAAAGUCUUAUCAACAUGGGCUUCACGAGGUUGUAUUUUGGAGAACGAAUUGUGGAACCAGUAAUAGUCAUUUUCUUUUGGAUUAUGCUGUGGUUCCUUGGCAUACAAGCCCUCGGACUAGUUGCUGUUCUUUGCCUUGUCAUUAUUUAUGUGCAACAGUAAAACAUGGCCGAAUGAACUGCUGUUUGACGUUUGGUAGCCGUAUUAUGUAACUGAUGAAUUUAUAUAUUUCACUGUAUGAAAGUUAAAAUUUUUUACCUUGUUUUAAAUUGUGGGUUGGCUAUUUUUUAAUUAAACUUGUAAAUGGAUGUUGUCUAAAAUUAAACUUUAACUCUUGAUUACUAUAGGGUUGACUAUACAACUUGUAGCUUAUUGAGAACUCUGGUUUCGUUACGAUGGUAUGUGUCCACUUUAGACACCUCUACUCCCACCCCAAAUCUUAAAUAACAUCACCAAAAAGCAAGCAAGGAAAAUAAAGGAAAUGGAAUUUAAAUCAGUGAAUAUAAAUUCUUAUAGAAAUCUCUAAAAAAAUUAUAAAAGAAUGAAACAAGGAACUAAAAAAAAGUUUUCAUUGGAGAACUGCUCUCCACUCACCCCCACUCUACCAAAUAACUUCAUAUUAUUUCAGAAAUGCUUGGGUUUCCAUUGUCCCUGCUCUAUCCAAAACAAUGCAAGUGGUAAUUACCAUACACUACCUUAAUAUUCCAAUGAAAGUCAGUGAAGCUAGCCUGUUUUCUAAAGAUUGAAAAAAUAUAUAUAUAUUUAUUAUUAUUGCUGGGGAAAUUUCCCAAGUUAAAUGUAACUUUUUUAUAAGGUAACACUUGGGCCUGGAAUCACUUCAGUAUACCAUUUUAGGUUUUAGAGAAUUUUGGUGCUACUUACUUCUUGUGAAUUUUUUAAUUCUCAUGAGCCAGGUCCAUAAUUGGUUGCACUCUAUGGUAAUGCUAUAUUUUCUUAUACCUAGCAAGCUGCAUAUUUUUUCCUAGAGAAACAUUUUCAGUGUAUUUUUUCCAGAAAUUUACAAUUUUAUACUUCUUUUAUAACAAUUAUUCUAAAAUUUAAAACAAUGUAUUCCUAUCUUGGCAUGAAUUUUUUUCCCAAAAAUUGAUUUAUUUUAUGGCUGAAAUAUUUUCUUAUUCUUUUUUAAAAAAUUAGCUCUUUUUUUUUUUAAAAAAAAACCUGUAUUGGAAAAUAUAGUAUUACAGUAUAAAAUCAAAUGCUUAGAUUUGGAAUUUCACAGUCAAUUUUAAUAAUAUUACUUUAAAGCUAGAGCCAAGUAAGGAACUGGCUAGCCAUAUUACUAAUGUGUCUCAAUUCAGCACUUUGGGAUCUUAUAUUGAAAUAACGAUUUUUUUAAAAAAUACAUUUUAAAAGUGAAAAACGGUCUACUUGAUAUUUGGGAUUUUGUUAGAGAACCUAAAAUCUUUACGUUUUCCUCUCAAAGAUUCUGUAUAGAUGAAGGAGAUGUAGCUAAGAUAAUGCAGUUAAAUAGAGGAAAAUGGGACAAAGGAGCAUUCUAUCUUUUGUAGCAUGUUUAUUAUAGAGUGCUUAUUAUUCUACUGUGUAACAUUUUUACCCAAUUCUGUUUAAAAAUUUUAUUCUCUGAGUUCUCAGUGUCUUCUCGCUCUAAAGCACAAAAUUAGUGAAAAACGUUAGACUUCAGUUUCUGGAAUCAGAUAAUUCUAAACACAAAUGCCAGCCAGAGGACACUAAAAAGUAUUGUGUGUUUGUAUAAAUACAGGCCCUUUUAAAAUUUGGCUUUUAAAAAAGAAAAGACUUUGUGUUAUAUCAUUGUGUUUUUAUUGCGUUUGCAAUAUUUUUCUAGUAUUAUGUACUCAGCCUAAGUGCAAGUUGUUUGAAAAGGUGUUUUCAUUUGUGCAUAGUAGAGUUGCAAGAUUUUUAAUGGAAGAGUGAUGAGAAUUUGUGUAUCUGCAUAAAAUAUUAAUAAGUACAUUCUUUUCUUAAGCUACCUAGAAUUUUAAUUUCCCUUUGGAAUGCAAAAAGAUAUAGUGUGCAUAUUAACAACUAGGAUUCCACCAGUGCCUAGUGUUGAAAAUAGUUUUAAAGUAAGCUUUAACGGUAAUUACUUAGUAAGCCAUCAAUACUAUGUGUCUGCACACUCUGUUUAGGGUAUGUGUUAAAUUAUAUGAGGAAAUGAGAUAUUUUGCUGCUAUUCUUUCUGCACUGGUUAGUGCAGUGUACCAUUAAAUCAUUGGCUUUGCUAGGGAAAAAACAAACUUUGCCUAUUUGAUGGAGAUAAAUUAUUUCCUUUUACAAAAUAUAUUAGAAUGUAAAUUAUACUCAUAUCCUGAAACAGAAAGAAACCGGUAAUUUCUUUGGUUCAUGAUAUAAGGAAUUGGAUUGAAAAUGAUUCUCAGUCAUUUCAAUCUCAGAUACAAGCCAAUUUUAGACAAUGUUAUUAAUUACAAGUAUAUAGAAGUUACAACACUAAGAUUAAAAAAAUUUUUUUUUUUUUUACUAAUGGAUACAUCACCCAUACUGUCAGCCCUCAAUUAGAAGAAAAAGGAUCAAGAUCUACAAAUUGACUACACAUGGAAUAAAUCUGUUUUCCUUAAAGUAGAAACUCAAUAUUUUAUAGAAUUCAGUCCUCUCAUAUCUUAAACUGUCAUAUGCAGAGUAUUUUCCUGUUCCCAACUACCAUUCAGAUCAUUCUCAGUCCAGUAGUGUGCUGGAGUCAGUUUUCACUGGCUUGUAAGAACUAAUUAUACAGGUAGUCCUGGAUUUACGACGUAUUCCACUUACGACGAGCCGCACUUACGAUCAUUUGUUUUUUGUUUUUUGUGGUACAUUUUAUCCUUAGUACCAUGUACUACAUACGAUGUUAAAUAUAUCUGUAAAUUUAUAUAUAAUGUUCCAACCCCCAAAGAUCAUGUUUAUAAAGAUACUGAUAAUAAAAGGCAAUAAUAAUGAAAACUUAAAAAAAGAAAUGAGAUAUUCAACUUACAUCAGAACUGACUUACGACAGAGUCACAGAACAGAACCCCAUCAUAAGUUGGAGGCUACCUGUAUUCAUCUUUUCCCCCUAUUCUGCCUUCAGUGAAAUCAAGUUCUUAGUCUGAAAUUGGCUAUGGUGGGAGAAUUUACACUACAGAAAAUGGCCAAUAGUACUAAUUAAGGUUUAUAUUGCCAAACAUUUACCAGUACACCACUAUUUAACCACCCUAGAGGCCAUGUUCCCAUUUCUACUCAUACAAAAAGAGAAGGGAAGAAAAGAAAACACUUUGUUUAAUAAAGGGAGGCAGACGAGGUGAAUCCCCAUUCACCCAUCAAAACUGCAUUUCAACCUUUUUCAUGUGGGGAUUAUGAGCCAUGGUUGUCUUCUGACCAUCAUGUCUCUGUUUACUCACGUGUUUUGAUCAGAGACUCUCUGCCUGUCACUGAGCUGCAAAUCCAUUCAAGACUGCCCAGAGGAUCAGGAAAUGAGAAACUGUUAAAGAAUCAUGGGGUGGGGGGCCAAAUUACAGCUUAAGUAAACCCAAAAAGUAAAUGUCUGUUUUAAUGUAGAAAGCUUAAUAGUGAAUACUAAGUAUCUAACAAUCAAGGGCUAAUUAUUUGGUAUGUAGACUAUGUCCUAACUUAUUUAUUUUACAAAUGUUUAUUGAUUUCAGGUUAUUUAAAAUUGACUUUUAUUACCAAUUUAUGGCUUUACAAGGUGAAAGGAGAACAGAAGAAUUCAAAUAAGGCUAUUUUAUACCUGUUAGUAUCUCUUAAUUUUUUUUUUUUUUUUUUUUAGUAUCUCUAGAAAAAACUUGGACAGGGAGAAUAUAAAAUAAUAUACAAAUUAUGCUUGAAGAUUCUUGGCAGACCUGGGAUCUGUUGUAAUUCCUAUUUCUCUGGGCAACUCUCAGUUUGGGGUGUUCCUUGAGCUUCAGUUCAACAGCCUAGCCUGUUCUCUCAUCUCUUCGCAUAUCACCUUGGACCAUGUCAUCACUCCCAUGGCUUUAGUCACCAUUUGCAUACUAACAAGUACCCAAUCUGCAUUUCCAGCUCAGAGCACUGUACACAGUACAUUCAAUUGCUUGCCCAACAUUUGCACUUUGAUGUGCCAUAGUACCUCAAAUUCAGCAUGUCCAAAAAGGAAUUCAGCAUCCUUCUCCCAAACCUUUCUUCUUUCUAUGUGCCACAUUUCAGCAAAUGACACAGUCUUCUCCCCAGAUGAUCAAGCAGGAAUUGUAGGUGACAUCCUUGACUCUUAUCUGUCCUGCCAAACAAAAAAACCAAAUCUGUUGCCAUUGAGUCAAUUCCAACUCAUGGUGACCUCAUGUGUUACACAGCCGAACUGCUCCAUAGGGUUUUCUUGGCUAUAAGGCACAUCACCAGGCCUUUCUUCCGUGGUGCUGCUGAGUGGAUUCAAACCGCCAACUAGUAAGGUUAGUAAAAAUAAAAAACCAAACCCAUUUCCGUGGAGUCGAUUCCGACUCAUAGCAACCCUAUAGGACAGAGUAGAAUUGGCCCAUAGGAGCGCCUGGUAGAUUUGACCAGGCAGCCGUAGCUCUUAACCACUGUGCCGCCAGGGUUAGUACUGGAGUGCAAACUAUUCGCACCAUCCACUGCCCACAUAUAAUCAACCACCAAGUCCUGUCUAUUUUACUUCCUAAAAAUUUCUCUAAUCAUUCCACUUCUUUCCAUCCCAAUAAUCACAAAAUUGGUUCAAACUACUAUCAUCUCACCUGGUUUGCUAUCUCAGUGUUCUCCCUGCCUUCAUUUGCCACAUUAUAGUCAGAGUGAUCCUUCUAAAAUAUGACUCCAGUCUCCUCAACCUAAAUCUUUUUAAUGGCUUCCUGUUGCUAUUAUGGUCAGGUCCUUGUUCCUUAAUAUGUUUUACAAGGCCUCAUCUUUCUAUACUAUUAUACUCCCUUUCCAACGCUCAGCUAUACUGAACUUUUUUUUUUUUUUCAGUUCAUUGAAAAAGACAUGCUUUCUCACUUCCAUACCUCUCUACACGCUUUACCUUCUUUCUUCCACCCCUCACCACCAGACUGACCAACACCUGCACAGGCUUAAAGCCUCAACUUAGACAUCGUGUCCUCCAGGAAAACUUCUGACACUUUUAAAUCCAGUUUUGGUGCCUUGUGCUUUCUAAGAAUCUUAUACUUCUCUAUCAGUAUUUCCCACGCUUUAUUGUUGGCUUCUUCCAUUAGGCAAUAGGCUCUACAAGGGCAGAGAACAUGUCUAUCUCAUUCCUAAUUGCAUUAUGAGUGUCUAACACAUACUAGGUGUCUUAGUUUUCUAGUGUCUCUAUAACAGAAAUAGCACAAGUGGGUGGCUUUAACGAACGGAAAUUUAUUUUCUCACAGUUUAAGAGGCUAGAAGUCUGAAUUCAGGGUGCUGACUCUAGGGGAAAGGUUUGUCUUUCUGUGGGCUCUGGAGGAGGGUCCUUGUCUCUUCAGCUUGUGCUUCUUGGUUACUUGGAGAUUUCCACGUGUCUUGGCAUCUAUCUUACCCCAUCUCCUUACUCCUUUGCUUCUUUAAUCUCUUUUAUAUCUCAAAAGAGAUUCACUCAAGACAUACCCUGUACUAAUCCUGUCUCAGUAACAUAACAAAGACAACCAUUCCCAAACGGGAUUGUAACCACAGGCAUUAGAAUUUACAACUUAUAUUUUUGGAGGACACAAUCCAUAACACUAGGUGCUCAAAGUAUUUGUCAAGUGAGUAAAUAAACUUCAUUUACCCAAGCUCUCCUUCUACUGUAUGAGCAAAGAAAAUCUAGAGCUGCUCGCACUUUGGAUUUCUUUGACUCCAAAAUUAUUGUGUAUAAAGAGAACGGAUUUAUAUAUGUUUUCAUUUGUAAAGCUUAUUCACUUUUAAUGGAAGAAUACUUCUAUUAUUUAUAUACACAUACAGUAUUGCUACUAUACACUUACUGUUUUUUAGAAUAAAAUGUAUUUUCAGUGUUGUCCUUCUGCUUCUCCAGAAUACAUACAUAUUUUACAAUACAUAUGAUCACAGAUACUACCUAAAUUUCAUAUUUUCUAGUAUUUCUCAAAAGACCUUUGUCUAUUAAAUUUUAAUUAAAAAAAAAAAAAACUCUGAUGUUUUGAGUAAGAGUCCACAAGAAUCUAAACUUGGUCUUUGAGUCCAGAAUAAAUUCACUACUAGAAUGUCCUAGUAGUCCAAACCAUAUAUGUUAAAUAAUAUGUGUAUAAAGUACUUUGUUAUUCUUUCUAAUAAAAAAAAAGUGGUUUUACAGUUCUACUUUCUGAGUCUCUCUUCUGAUUCCCUAUAUUAUGUUCUACUUAUCAGUUAAUUGCUGCCACAUCAAGCUUGGAAAUUGCUAAGGCAACAAAACACCAGAAUAGAGCUUGUCUGUUUUCCUCAUUCCUUAUUGCUGGAGCAGGAAGCCAAAGCUGAUGUGUAUGGCUUCCCAGGCAAUACAGUAGGAAAACUGCGGUCAAGAUCAACCCCCACCUCCAAGCUGUAUUUCUUCAUCCUGUUGCCUUGACCAUAGUGGAAGUUGUUGAAUGAGCUCUGCAGAGGCUGUGAAGAUCCAGAACAUAGUCAAUUUUAUAUUUAUUAAAUUUGAGUUGUCAUCCUUUCAGCAAUUAAAGUUUUAUCAUUUAACCUUUCAGCAACUUAAUUAGUUGGAAUUUUCCUUGCCAGUUUUCCAAAGCACCCUAGAACACAGUGACUUUUAUCAUAAGACUAUGGACCUUUCUGUUAUUGGUUCUCUGUAUUAUAAGAGGCCAGUUGAUUUAUACUUUUUAAUGUGAGAUUUUUAAAAACAGAAGAAUGAAAUUUCUAUAUAUAAUAUGUAUAUUGAUACCAUGGUUGAUUUAAGACAUGAUAAUGAGAAUUAUUUUUCUGGGAUGGGUAGAUGUAUAAAAACUCUAUCUACUUUUGAGAGUAUGUGCCAUCUACUGAAUGCCCUCUUGUCUGUUAUGAUUGCUUUUGUUAUAUGUUUCCCUGGUUUUAAGUGUAUAAUAUUAAAAAUAUUCAUGACUUUAGUGUUUAAUGUAUUUUCUAUUUUAAAAGGCACAUGAGUAUAUGUGUAAAUGCAACAUAAAAUAAAAGCUAAGAAGAAACAACUACAAAAGGAAAAUAUACUCCCUGGAUGUUGGUUUGGAAUGAUUAACUUAAAUAAAUUGGUUUUACACAAACCCUGAUGAUGAUUUUUCAUAUAAAGUGAAGCAUUUGUUUAAUUGUUAGACCAAUGACUUUCAAAGGCUUUAAGUUUGGUUUGGUUUAAGGGAACUCUUACAAGAAUAUCCACUAUAUGUAAACAAUUGAUUUUGCGGCAAGUUGAGUUCACUGGGAAUCAGACUUUGAGCCUGCAGGAAGUUUAUUAGGAGUGCUCUGGGCUCCAAACCUGUGAGGAAAGUCAAGGAAGCAGGACUGGGCAGGAGUUACUCAGUACAGUCAGAGCUAGGCCUCAGCUGACUCUUCGGGAUCACUGAAGCUGGAAUGGCCCUUCAGGGUUGACCUGUGUUGGGACAAGGCAGUUCUCUUCAGCCAAGAACAAUUCUCAGAGACAACUGGCAGUUGGGGGUUGUCAUCUAGCAGCACUCUCAGCAUGUAUCAGUAAAUCCUUCCAUUCUCCUGAAGACUUCAUUCUUCUUUCACCUCACCCUCCAUGGCUCCUGACACUUCCAAAAAUCCCACUCUUCAGAGUACAGUGUAAAAAUGAUUAACUUAAGCCAUAAACUCAUUGGUCAAGAUGGAUUAAAAAAAAAAAAAAAAAAUUGAAGGGCACAGCAUUUAGCCUGUUGUGUUGUUCAGUUUCUCUUGUGAGAUUCAGGUCUGCAAUUAUGGUAAAGCUUUAAGUGACUAAACAGUAGCCAAUUAGGGUCCAACAAAGGCUUGGAAGUAUUAGGACAGAUGAACAAAUGAUUGACACAAAAGCCCAUUGUUUAACACUCGGAGUAGGAAAUACAUGAGAUUUUGUGUAUAUAAACCGCUUAGACCAACAUUUAAGUUAAUAAGUCCCUCAGAUGGAACCUCACAAAACAUUAGUACAAACUAUUACCAGGAUGUGUCUUAGGAGCUGGGUUGUUUCAAGCUUAGAUGUAAAUAAGACUCUCCAGAACUCUGAUUUAUGCUUUCUGACUCCUUUCCCAAGUUCCCAAAAGCACUUUUAAUCAUUACUCAGACUUUUGAAGCAUGUGUGAAAUAAGAUUUUCAAUGGCAAGAGCAAUACUCACUUAUAAAGAAAAAAUAUCUUCCCCUUCCUCUUCCCCAACACACUACUACAACUGAUUUACGACUUGGACAUUUGGCCCUAAUCAUAAUUUUCCUAUUUAUUUUUAGCACAAAGGGUCUCAACAGCCAGAUUUGGUAAUUCAGUAGGCUCUUGAGAAGAGCUUUCUCCAAGCUUGGCUCAGAAUGAUUUUGGGCCCCUAAGAGUAAUUUUAGCUGCUAUUUUUAUCUCUCAAAUCUUAGGAGUGGGCAAGAUCAAGCAAGACAGUGGCCCCAAGCCAAUUAUGUACCAGAACUAUAACAGUGUUUAGGCAUGAUUUCCCUCUUUGGUUACAGGAACAUAUUAGAAUAAUGUUCAAACAAAAUUCCAGAUAAGAAGUUCUCUUUAUGUCAAACCUGAAUUUAAGACUUGGUUCUAUAUUAUUUCCUAUGUUUUAUUUACUAACUCUGUAAUAUGUACCAAUCAUACUACAUCUCUUUAAACUUCAAUUCCCUCAUCUGUAAAGUGGGGUAAUUGUUGUGACUGAAUAAACUAUCAAACAUCUUAGCACAGUGCCUUGCACAUUGCAAGUUUCCAUAAAAGCUAGCCAUUAUUAUUAAACAUUUACAUAUAAGAAAAGAGAGGACGUCCUUCACUAUCCAUGGAAAACUCAUAUAUUUGGAGCCAUAAAAGCUCUGAUUAUUUUAUUGUUGGCAAAAGAUAGGUAAAUAGAAUGAAAUUCUAUUACAGUGUUCUGUUCUCAAUACUUUGUGAUUGAAAUCUUUAUGAAUUCUCUAUAUUAAUUUUAACUAUUAGUUCUUCUUCAACUAAAAUGGUCGUAACAAUAAGGAAUGAAGAUCCCAAAGAGUUGAUUAACCGAAACAAAACGUGCUUUCUUUAAACAUCUACUCACCACAAUCCCAUGCAUUUUCUGUUGCCUCUAUGCAUGAGUAAACUUCAGUUUACUUAGGUCUUCUUUUCCCACAUAUUAGCAUUGCACACAAAAUUAUGGAUGGAUUUCAAAAUUUACAAAAUGAAAUCCUGAAAUACUUAGUUUUACUCCAUUGCCUAGACCAAGAGUAUGAUGAUAUGUUUAUAGAAUCACAUGCAGUAUCUUGCUUUGAUUCCAAAGUGAAAUAUCAAACUAAUUCAUUGGUCUAUAUUAUGUUUUAAAUACACAUUUUAAAAUGUUUGACCAAGAUAUAUAUAAUCAUAACCAGUGUAACCCCUACUCAAAAUGUAUACCCUAUAUCAGCACCCUCAUAAAAAAAUCUAGUACAUCCAAAUAUACAUGGAUACAUUCUGUAAACAGGUAGGUGGUAUAAUCCAAAAAAGCUGAUUAAUAUGCAGUAUUUUAAAAAGUGGAAACCCUGGUGGCCUAGUGGUUAAGAGCUACAGCUGCUAACCAAAAGGUCGGCAGUUCAAAUCCACCAGGCACUCCUUGGAAACCCUAUGAGGCCGUUUUAAUCUGUCCUGUAGGGUCACUAUGCAUUGGAAUCAACUCGAUGGCAGUGGGUUUGGUUUCUUUGGUUUCAUUUUAAAAAGUAUUAUUAAUAUGUUCAUAGAGCCUUAUCUUUUUAGUGUGUAAAAACAUGCUGAGAAGCAUAUUAUGAAAUUAAUUAGUCUUUAACAAGUUUCAAUUAUUUUGUUCCAUCCUGGGCUCCUCUUUCUUGUUUCAUGUUCUUUCAAGUAAUUCUUUCUACAUGAGAAGUGAAAGUUUCUCAGAUCAGAUGUUUAAGGAUAUGAAUAUUUUAUGAUAAACUACAGCAUAUCUUUAGUGCCCUCUCUAAAUGCUUUUCAAAACUGGUUCUCCCACAUUUUCCUUAACUGUCCGUUUAUGUCUGCAGAUAUUUUUAUAAGAUGCUCAAAUAGAGUUAAUGUUGGCCAAAUAUAGUUUUCCUCAGUUGGAAGAAUCAAAGUUUUUUUUGUUUCAUGUUUUAGCAAACAUUUCUGGAGCUCCAUACCUGGCUACCUGAUCUUCACAAUCACCUGUCUCUCAUGAAAAUGCACUGUGCUUUUCCUUCCCUUACCAGGUCCCUGACAGGCAAGUAGAUGAUAAAGGCGUCUUUCCACCAAACUGCCAUGCAAAAUCCCUAGGCUAACAAAGAAGACAUUAUUUUUACAAUGCCAAAAAGAUUUAGAAACUAAACGACAUGGAUUUUAAUACGGAUUUUAAAUUACAGGCACCUUACUGACACUCUACUGAUGCUAAAUGGUGCUGCUCAGCUCCACCAAAUCAAGUAAGACAAACUGCUAAUGCAACUCCUUACAGAUGACUCAUUUCUCUUCUACAGUGACUGUCAGAAAUGAUCAUAUCAGGGAAAGGAUAAUAGUGAGUCCUCAAAGGAUAUCCAAACUUCGUAUUUUGUGUCUACAGUUACCAUCUAAUCAGAGAGCAAGAUUAUUGUACCACCUCCCCAACUCCUCUAUUUUUUCCUGAUGCUUACUGCUCUUCUACUUGUAUGCUCGGCCUUUUUCCUAGUAGAACUGUGUUUAUCAAUGCAAACUUAUCUUCGGUGAAGGCCCAGAGAAUGGACUAAGACAAUGAUUUCUGAAGUAGAUUUGGAACCAACGAUCAUGUAGGUGUUGUUACCUACCAUCUAGUUGGCCCUUAGCUCAUGGUAACCCCUGUGUUGCAGAGUAGAACUGCUCCACAGGGUUUCUUUGGCUGUAAUCUUUACAGAAGCAGUUCACCAGGCCUCUCUUCUGUGGAACCACUGGGUGGUUUUGAACUGCCAACCUUUAGGUUGUGCCACCCAGGCUCCUAUAGCAAGACUGAAAUGAAACUUUGUGAGACACCAUCUGUUGCCAACUUUUUUCUUUAAAUGCAGAACAAGUGACAUCAGUAUGAAUUCAUGUUUGCCUUAAUAUAAAGACAUGGAUAAAUAUAGAAGUAAUUAUAAAUAUGUGUGUAUACACGGAUUGGUAUAUACAGAUGUAUUUCCACCUUCAGUCUACUGAGAGGGCCUAGAAGCAACAACACUCACUAGCAACCAACCAACACACCUGUACCCAGAUCUUUGUUUCUAAUACUAUUCUAUAAUUUUAAAAGGAACCAAGAAUCCCUGGGGGGAUGGAUGAUUCCAGGGCUGGGCAGGAAUACACAAGAGUGGCCUGGAACAUCUUAUAGUGCCAGAAGGCAAGGAAGUGCUCAAAACAAACAUCACAUGAUGCUGUGGUACAGGAGCCAAUGGAAAGAGCUCCAAGGGACCAAAUCUGUAACUAUUUGAACAACAAAGUAUAUAAGAUAGCAUCGGAUUGUAACUCAAAGUAUAAAAUUAAUAUCUGUGAGUCUAUCCUAGUCUAAUAGACAUAUCUCCUGUACAGAAGUAUUCCAAAUAAUUUAUGUAGGCCCUGCCCCCUCAAGGAGAUAGCCCCUAACCAUCCAUCCCUAAAUGCGGUCUGUGCAUAGCGACUUCCUUACAAAGAGGACAGUAUGGAAGGUGGGGAGGGGCAGUAACUUUACAGUGGAGAAGCUUGACAAAUACCACCUCAGCCAGGAUAUCAAGCUUAACUUCAUCAGUGAAAGGUCAUGUUGACAGCAUAUACCCUUGAUAGGAUGUGAUGAGAAUGUCACUUUAUCUCUGGGUCUUCUUUGCAAGAACCCAUAAGUCCAUUCUAGUCAUGAGAAAAACAUCAGAAAAACCCAAAUUAAGGGUCAUUCUGCAAAAUGUCUGAUCAGGACUCCUCAAAAUUGUCAAGGUCAUCAAAAUGAGAAAAGACUGACAAACUGUCACCAACCAGUGGAGGCUAAGGAGACAAGAUUAAAUAUAAUGUGGUAUCCUGACUGGGAUCCUGGGACAGAAAAAGGGCAUUAGGUAAAAACAGGAAUUCUGAAUAAAAUAUGGACUUUAAUUAAUAAAAAUGUAUCAAUAUUGGUACUAUCUUUGCAAUUUCUCUAAAACUCUUCUAAAAUCAAAAGUUUAUUAAAAAAAUAACCUUAGCAAAUUCCACUUGGAUCCUUAGUUGUGUCAAUUACUACACAUUAUCCCCUUUACUAUAAAUGUAAUUUGUGUUAUCUGACAGUUUUUUUAAUAUCUUCUCUAUUUUUGCCUUGUUCUUCUAUGUUAUUUUAUAUCAGCAACAUAAAAUUCACAUUAACUCAUUCUCCUUUGAAAAAUUAUUGAUCUGUAACUUUCCAUGUGAGCACUUGAUUAAUGUUUACUAACUUUUCAGAGGAGGGGGAAAGACUAGGAAUCUGAAUUCCUAAUACAAAGCGAUUAGCUCAUACCCAAGAGAGUCAUUUCUCAAGUUUUACAUAUACUUUUAUGUCAGUGGUUCCUGCUGGCUGUGGGGUCUUCAGCCUAUCUAUGAAUACUAGGAAGCUCUCAGGAUGCCUGCAAAAUUUCUUGGAAGUAGGGGAGAUAUGACUGACAGAGUCUGCUGGCUCAGAGGUCCUGAAGAGCCUCACCACCAUUGAGUGUUCUGAUCUGCUUAGGACAGACCAAAUUGGAACACAGUCUCCUACGCCCACCAACCCCCAAACACAACAGACUUGGUCUCAGAGCCAGCCUACCCAUAAGAGAGUUCCCAGCUAGAACCAUCUUAAAAAGACUUUCCAGGUUGAUGUCAAUGUGGCUCUGUGGCUUUAGAGGACCCUGGAGCAGAAGCAUGUAGGGAAGGCCCUACAACUGAGCAAUAUCCCUUUGCAUUCAUACCUAACCAUGGGGCAUCUUCAAUAUACCCACAUAUCAUUUAGCAGCCCUUCUCAGGAAGAAAUAAUAGGUGUUGCAUACUCUCUGGAGUGUAAGGCUUUACAAGGUUUGAUAGCUACUUGUGACAGCAACACCUGUUUUCUUCUCAUUAAAAGAUCUCCUGUUUCAUGAGAUUUUAAAAACAUGUCUUCCUCAGUAUCUCUCGUAUAGUCUCUAUCAUUUUUUUUGAAGGUUAUGGAGAAUGUCUGUACAUUUAACAGUUGACAUAAUAGACAAAAAAGAAUUGCACUUGCAGCCUAUUCUUGAUGUCUGCUUGAUGGGCAGUGUUUCGUUCUUUUGUACAUAGGGUCGCUAUGAGUCAGAACAGACUUGACGGCAUCUAACAACAACAGCUCUCCAGGAAUCACAGUGGGCCUUGGUUUCCCUAUUCGUAAAUGCCAAUUGAAUCGAACUCACUAGGAGGUAAAAUAUAUUAUCGAAUGAUGUUUAUAAAACAUUUUGACCUGGGCUAAAUAUAUAUACUUAUAUUUAUUAUGAAUAUUUGUUAUAUUUUUAAUUUUACAUACAUUCAUUUUACAGUAGACAUAGUAAAGUGUUUACAAUGGUAAUCUCUGAGUGGGGAACAUAUUUUUUUCUUAUUUUAUCAUUUUUGCUUAUCAGUAUUUUUUUCUGCAAUGCAGUACAUAUAGAUAUUGUACUAGAACAAUAAAAGGUGGUUGUUUUUAAUCAAUGCUAAAUUCAGUGCAUUAAAUUUCUGUACCUACUACUUGCUCCCUACCUGGCAGAAAAGUGUUCUGUUUUUAUUUUUAAAAGGCUAAUCUAGUAAAUGAAAUAUAAAAGAGCUUCAAAAAUACAUAGUAAGAAUGUUAGUAAGCUGAGUUUCUACUAAUAAAUAAAAUGCUUCUCAAGACUUCCCAUGAGAGGUUGGCCUUCAAGAUGGAAAUUUCCAAACUAUUUUCAUUUCCUCCCAUAAAAACUGCAUGAGUGGUCAGGCCUGGUCACAGGUGGGGAAGCUUGGUGAUGCCUGAAUUACAAGAAGGAUAAUGAAGGCCCAGAUGCUGAGGUGUUUUCUUUAGAUGCACCUGGGUCUGUGGGGGCCUGAAGUGCUCCAAAGGCAAUGUCAUAAUUGGUUGUUAGGAAAAUGAGCUUAAUGUCACGGAAAGGUCAGUGCUAACAAUGAAAACUAUUUAAACUGAGAACUUCUUAUCCCUACCAGUUACCUUGAAUCUAAUCUUUAUUAUAGUUAUUUGUUCAACUGUUUGCAUACCAGGGAUCAAUAAUGAAAAAUUUUCAGAAAGUUCUCUACCUCUGCAGCUCUUCACUGCGAACAUAACAGAAAGCUAGGGUGGAGAGGAAUAAUUCCAAACCAGAGCCACAAAGUUCCUUCCGAAGCUCAUUUGGGUCAUCUGCUGAAGCAGCCAUGUCUUUUCCCUCAAAUUGACAAAAAUGCCUAUUUUAGUCUCACUGACCAAAUAAACAGUGGGGCCAAAUUCUUAUUUCUUAAAUCUUAAUUCUUCCCUCUGUGAUAACUCAACACACCUUGCAGACCAACUCAACUGGGCUUUGCCACAUUCUGGGUAGCCAGGGAGCUGAAUGUAGUGACUGAGACUAAAUAAUUUGGCCCACCUCUCAAGUGAUUUACUCAAGUCUCAGGCUAUUGUCUAUUCUUUAAGCCCCAUCACUGCUUUCCUCAUUAUCUUUCAUGUAAACUGGUGUAGCACUUACUUAAACGCUGCAAAAAUAAAAAAUAAGUUUAAAAACAGAUUUUAAGGUUUUUAUUGCUUUUUUACACUGUUUUCCCAAAACAACAGUCAAAGCACAAACUUCUUACCUAUUUGUUAGUCAGACAUUUGCAACAGGGAGGAGAAGCCUUCGGGAAGCAGUUUGUGACUUGGCAUUUGUUUUCUGUACUGGAUUUUGUUUUGUUUCAUUGUUUAUUUUUGGGGCAACUUUUAGAGGUCUGCUUUUUUUCUGUUGAAUCACUCAAUCCACAUACUUAUCAAACACCUACUAUCUGUGCAGGGGAGCCCUGGUGGCACGGCGGUUAACCAUUCAGCUGCUAACCAAAAUGCUGGCAAUUCAAAUCCACUAGCCACUCCUUGGAAACCCAAUGGGGCAGUUCUACUCCAUCCUGCAGGGUUGCUAUGAGUUGGAAUCUACUCAGCAACAGUGGGUUUGUUUUGUUUGUUUGUUUAUCUGUACAGGAAAGAGUCCCUUGGUGUUGGCUGCUAACUGAAAGGUUGGGGGUUCUGGUCCCCCCAAGGAUGCUUUGGAAGAAAGGUCUGGUGAUCUACUUCAAAAAAAAAUCAGCUAUUGAAAACCCUAUGGAGCACAGUUCUACUCUGACACACAUGAAUUGACAUGAGUUGGGAUCAACUUGAUGGCAACUGGUUUGGUUAUCUGUACAGGCAUUGCAGGCUACAAGAAAUACAAGCUAGCUGAAGAAAUUGGAAAUAAAUGUGAAAAUGUUAAUAGUAGCAACAAGAGAUAAAAGUGGGUUAUAAUACCCAUUUAGUAGUUAGGAAUGAUAAAUUUAGACUACUUUUCCAUAUUAAAUGAUAACAUUUGAGCAUCAGGUUGUAUAGAAUUAUGCAUUAGAGAAAUUCUGAUUUUAAUGGAUGUUUUUAUCUACCUGUGACCACAUUCUGUUUCUUUCUAUAGGAAAAUAAAAUACAUCCUGAGGACAUCCAAGAUGGCAAUUCACACCACUCUAUAGUGUUCCUCCUUCCUCUCCACCAUGACAGCCUACAGGCUCCCUCUGAGCUAGCUGUACUUUCCUUGAGCACACAAGGAAGAGAGCCAUAGGAAAGUCACUGAGAGCAAUUUCAGGUCAUCUGUACCCCUGGCAUUUGCACAACCAUCUCUACUGGUCCCACAUCAUUGUGGCAAGAGGGCCAACUAUGAAAAUGGCAUCUCCCAGAAUUCAAGCCAGGAGUGGACUACUUCAAUCCUUGGGCCUCCACUUUACAUGGGGGAGAUGGUCUUACCAACUUUGUACAGGAAACUUUGAGGGAAGGGCUUAGCAACAGAAGAUCAUCGCUUUCCUCCCCCAAGUAAAUCAUUGAUUCCCAUGAGGAACAUUUACUUCUCAUCUGUUUUGGAUUGAAUCGUGCCCCGCAAAAAUGUGUUGUAAUUCUUGACCUUUAUGUCUGUGGUUCACUUGAUAUCCCGUCAGAUUCUGUAGCCUUGCUUUUCACCAAUGCCUUUAGCACAAAUUGGCCUUCUUUCUUCAAUGUCAUCAAAGCUCGAUCAUAAGCUACUUUCUAAAAUAGUUGAAUGUUGACCAAUUCUUUUUGGUACAGUGACUCUGUGUAUUUCUUCCAUAUUCUUUUGGAAUACCAGUUGAGAUGUUUCAACAAAUGGAUGCAGCACUAGAGGUGCUCACUCAUCUGUGCCAAUAAGUUUAUAAGGCAGCUACCUGGCCAACCUACUGGAAGAGAUCCAUAUUUGUGCCCAUUCCAAAGAAAGGUGAUGAAACAGAAUGUGGAAACUAAUCACUAUUACCACACACAAGUAAAAUUUUGCUGAAGAUAAUUAAAAAAUGGUUGCAGCAGUACAUCCACAGAGAACUGCUAGAAAGUCAAGCCAGAUUCAGAAGAGGACAUGGAAUGAGGGAUAUCAUUGUUGAUGUCAGAUGGAUCUUGGCUGAAAGCAGAGAAUACCAGAAAGAUGUUUACCUGUGUUUUAUUGACUAUGCAAAGGCAUUCGACUCUGUGAAUCGUAACAAAUCAUGGAUAACAUUACAAAGAAUGGGGAUCCCAGAACACUUAAUUGUGUUCAAGUAGAACCUGUACAUAGACCAAGAGUCAGUCGUUUGAACAAAACAAGGGGAUAUUGCAUGGUUUAAAAUCAGGAAAGGAGUACAUCAGGGUUGUAUCUUUUCACAAUGCUUAUUCAAUCUGUAUGCUGAGCAAAUAAUCUCAGAAGCUGGACCAUAUGAAGAAGAACAUGGCAUCAGGAUUGGAGGAAGACUCAUUAACAACCUGUGACAUGCGGAUGACACAGCCUUGCUUGCUGAAAAUCAAGAAGACUUGAAACACUUACUGAUGAAGAUCAAAGACUUCAGUAUGGAUUACACCUCAACAUAAAACCAAAAAAAAAAAAAAAAAAAUCCAGUGCCAUCGAGUCGAUUCUGACUCAUAGCGACCCUAUAGGACAGAGUAGAACUGCCCCAUAGAGUUUCCAAGGAGCACCUGGUAGAUUUUAACUGCCGGGAUGCUUUGGUUAGCAGCUGUAGCACUUAACCACUAUGUCACCAGGGUUUCCACCUCAACAUAAAGAAAACAAAAGUCCUCGCAACUGGACCAAUAAGCAACGUCACGAUAAAUGGAGAAAAGAUUGAAGGUGUCAAGGAUUUCAUUUUACUUGCAUCCACAAUCAAUGCCCAUGAAAGCAGUAAUCAGUAAAUCAAACGAUAUAUUGCAUUGGACAAAUCUGCUGCAAAAGACCUCUUUAAAGUGUUUAAAAGCAAAGAUAUCGCUUUGAGGACUAAGGUGUGCCUGACCUAAGCCAUAGUAUUUUCAAUCUCCUCAAUGCAUGAGAAAGCUGGACAACGAAUGAAGGAAGACUGAAGAAGAAUUGAUGCCUUUGAAUUAUGGUGUUGGUGAAGAAUAUUGAAUAUAAUCAUGGACUGCCAGAAGAAUAAACAAAUCUGCCUUGGAAGAAGUACGCCAAAGUGCUCCUUGGAAGUGAGGAUGGCAGAACUUCAAUUCACUUACUUUGGACAUGUUAUCAGAAGGCUGGAGAAGGACACCAUGCUGAGCAGAGGGUCAGUGAAAAAGAGGAAGCCCCAAUGAGAUAGAUUGACACAAAGGCUGCAACAAUGGGCUCAGGCAUAGCAACGAUUGUAAGGAUGGUACAGGACCAGACAGUGUUUCGUUCUGUUGUACAUAGGGUCGCUAUGAGUCGGACUACAUAACAUAACAAUGACAUGCCUGUAGUUUUAAUCCCAUUUGGGAGUGGGUUGUCUUUGUUAUGUUAAUGAGGCAGGAUUAGCGUAAAAGAUAUUAAACAAGCGAGAGAAGCAGAGAUAGAGCAAGACAGAUGCCAAGACGCAAAAAGAUCAUCCAUGAGCAAAAGCUCAAAAAAUACAAGGACCUUCUUCCAGAGCCAAUAGAGAGAGAAAGCCUUCCUCUAGAGCCAGCGCCCUAAAUUCAGACUUCUAGACACCUUAACCGUGAGAAAACAAAUUUCUGCCUGUCAAAGCCAUCCACUUGGGGUAUUUCUGUUACACUAGAACUAGAUAACUAAGACAUCAUCUAAGUGCUACCAUGUCCCCCUCUGCUUAGUAGAAAAUAGCAACCAAGUCUCUUACCAGAACACUUCUCGUCCCACAGUAGCAUAGGCAGAACAGCACAAGGCCUUACCCCCCUAGGUUGUCCAAAGACAGAGGCUCUAGAAGCUGGAUGAACUUCUGAGAUCCCUUUGCUAAGAGUUGCAACUUUCCUCCUUGAUGGCACUAGCCUUGGUCUCUCCCCCUACUACUGAAAGUCAGAGUUUUGGCUGUUCUCCCAGGCACUUCUGGAACUAAGAACCUGGGGCUGUGGGAGGAGAUUCUAUUGCUCUCCUCACUUGGACUGGGAGACUCAGGGUGCACAGCAUCUGCAUUUGGUUAUUGUGUGAGCCCAGAACCACUCAGAUUCAGAGAUCUGCAUAAAUCAGGGCAGAGCGUGGACUCUAGAACAAAACAGACCCAGGUUUAAAUCUUAGCCUCUCUAGUUCCUAAUUUCUAACCUCUCAUCUUAGUUUUCUCAACUACGCAUAAUACCUUUUUGAAAUAUUCUGAGGACUACAGGUAAUGAGCCUGGCUUAUUAUAAAUGCCCAAUACCAGAAAAAAAAAAAAAAAAACCUGUUGCCAUCAAGUCAAUUCUAACUCAUAGUGACCCUACAGGACAGAGCAGAAUUGCCCUGUAGAGAUUCCAAGGAGCACCUGGUGGAUUCGAACUGCCGACCUUUUAGUUAGCAGCCAUAGCCCUCAAUUACCUCACCGCUACCCACUACCCAUUGCUGUUAAGUCGAUUCUGACUCACAGCGACCCUAUAGGACAGGGUAGAACUGCCCCAUAAAGUUUCCAAGGAGCAGCUGGUGGAUUUGAACUAGUGACCUUUUGGUUAGCAACCAUAGCUCUUAACCACUCCACCACAAGGGUUUCCACUACGCCACUAGGAUUUCCUAAAUGCCUAAUAAAAGAUGGCUAUUAUUUUCAGUCCUUGUUUUAUUUGCUUAUGUCUCUAUAUUUUUUUUAUAUAUUUACAUUUGAUGUUUUCUAGCACCUUCCAGCUCAGCAGGAUGGGGCUGGGCCCUUACCAAUCAGUUCUGACUUAAUUUUGUCAGGGAGGGAGAUUAAGAGUAUAUUCUUCCAUUUCAGAGUCACAGACACAAGAAUUCCAGUGGGGCAUUAUCGCGUGCUACAUGCUAGUGAGCCAUCAAAGACAGGCAAAGGAACACAGUGAACUGGAAUUUGUCUUCAGUGCUCUUCUGCCAAUCCAUGUCUUUAACUUAGUCUUUUGCCUUGCUUUGACAUUAAUCAUCAUGCCUCUCUCCCCUAGAGAUUUUUCUUUCUCGUCCUAUGGGUCUUUUUAAAAUCACAGCCUUACAAGUUAAAACGGGCUUUGGAGACUAUCGAGUCUAGCUGUGUCAUUUCAAAAGUGAGAAAACUUAAGUUUCAGAUUACCAAAAUAACUCACCCAAGUGAACUGAGUUCCUUCAUGCCAGCCUCGGGAUUAGCACCCAAGUCACAAGGUUCUAGUCACAUGCUUUUUUCAUGCCUCCUUGCUGCCUCCAUCUUACAGCUGAAGUAAAACCACCAAAGGGAAAAAUGUCUACAACUCAGUGGUAUACUUUGGGAGUUUAAUUUCUUUUUUAAUAUACAGGACAAAGAUGAUAGAUAUGUUAAAUAUUUCUUUAGGUGUAAUAAUUAAGAUGAUAUUUUGUUAAUAGCUUACCAAUAUACAAUUAUUAAAAUUGCAAUAAGCAUUUAAAUGCAGUAAGUCUUUUUAAAAUCCAGAGAGUAAACAACUCAGUAAUUCAUGCAAGAAAUUUGAUUUUCUCUGACACCAUCCCAGACGAUCAGAUAUUACAGAACAAAACCAAAGUAAGUAAAACUGUCACAAUGAGAUUGAUUUUGUGGGUAAAAAUCCUCCUCUUUUGAAAGAAUGAAAUGAUAAUUUUUUUUUUUUAAAGGAAAGAAAGGAAAUAGAAAAUGCUUACUUAUUUCAGGAUCUAAAAUACUUCUUCAGAAAGAUUCCACAGUGAAGUAUCAGCAACAUAUUCCAAAAAGCCAGAUUUAUUAUUAAUUCAACCAAAAGACAGAAACAUCCCCAGUUUUUUUCUAUAUAUUUGUAGGAUAUAUAUUAAAAUAGUGAAAUUGUUAAAGCUUAUGCCCCCCAGAAAAUGUUAACAGUAUUUCACAGUGAGGAAAAUGAUGUUCGUCCAUUUUCAGCUAAGGCCCAGUGAAGAAAUUACUCAUUCUGCCAAAAGAAACAGAGUUGAAAAUACCUUCUCCAGUCCCCACAGAGGUCCAAAAUAGUGCACUCAGAACAAAACUUAAGGGAGCCGUGAAAGUUAAGACAUUCCUUUGUAUAAGAACUAGGGACAUUUUACAGAGCAUAUUGUAGAAGCAAACUUUCUUAGGAAUCUCAUUUAUAAAAACUCAAUACCUAAGUAAAUUUGGGAUAUAUGCAAACAGACAGAUAACUCUGCAAAAUAUUAGACAAAGAAUAGGAUCAACAGAAGUGGAGCUGCACAAAAAGAAAAAGAAAUCAUAUUGGACCAGAAAAGGAACCAUUGUCUUGAACCAUCCGAGAUUUAAGAUUGUUGCCGUUACCUUAAAGAGGAGGAAUUUAAAGUGAAUAUAAAUGGUGUGAGUGUGUGUGUGUGUAAUAGCUCUUAAAGAUUAUACCAGAGGUUAGUAAUAGAGGUUGCUUCUGGAUAGGAAAAAUAGAAGACAGAGGAGAAAGAAAGACUUGCAUUUCACUGUAUACCAUUUUGUACUUUGCGAUUUUGUUCUAUUCGUUUGUAUUAUCUGGUUAAAAAAACAAAGUAAAUAUUUUUAAAAUGUGUAUAACAACAUCUAAAAGGAUUCAUACCAAAAUGGUAAUAGUGGUUAUUUCUGAAAAGUAGCGAGAAUGGCUGAUUUUUUCUUUUUGUAUUUUCAAUUUUUUACAACAAAUGUUAUUAAUUUUAUAAACAGGAAAACGUACAUUUAAAAUUCUUCUGUAAAAACACAGAAAAACAAUGAAUAACUGUACUUGUUUGAAUGGUACCUCCUCUCCCCCAAGUUCCAGCCAGAACUUCAGAGUGCAACUUUAUUUGGAAAUAGGGGCUUUGCGGAUGUAAUUAGUUAAGGAUCUCCGAUAAAACCAUGCAGGAAUUUGGGUAAGCACUAAAUCUAAUACCUGGUGUCCCUAUAAGAAGAGAGAACACGGAGAUGUGCACAGACACAGUAGAGGCAGAGACACAGAGAAGGCAGUGAAGACAGAGGCAGAGAUCGGAGUUACGCUGCCACAAUCCGAGGAUAGCCAACAACCACCAGAGGAUCAGAGGAAGGAAUGGGACAGCUUCUCCCUCUGAACCUCCAAGAGGAAGCAAUCCUGCCCAUGCCUUAAUUUCAGACUCCAUGGGUUAGCCUCCAUAACUGUGAGAUAAUAGAUCUCUGUGGUUUUAAGACACUCAGUGUGUGGUACUCUGUUACAGCAGCCCUCAGAAACUAACAUAAUAUCCAAUGAGCCAAACGAAAUAAAAUAAGUGAUCUCAGUUUACCCAUUGUAUA